UCUUGAUCAUAGAUUUUGAUGAAAAAGUAAUCGGAUUUUCCGGUUAAGAUUUGGCCUUUCCUAUGGCCUUGAUGAUACCAACACUUCGGAUGGGAAUAACAAAGUUAAUGAAAUAAAGCCUCACUCCACAACUGACGCAAAGUUGGAGAUUACAAAGUGGCGGCGUCUGACGAAAACGGCAUGCAACAUCCGUCAAACUUCCGAGAGUCAAGAAAAAUAUGCUUAGUUAUAAAACUAUGUAAAGAUCCCGUGCUUGUACCACCGAGCAAAACAUUCCAUGGAGGAUGCCGAGCAUUUACGACUGGGAUUUUCUCAACCCAAGUGGUUUCAGCAAAUCUUGGCUGAAUCUGUUCCCAUCGACAAUUUUUAACAUGAAAACAGAAAAUCUAUUUGUCACGGGGACCGACGAUUUCAAACUCAGGGCGGACGGAACAUUGAGAUUCCACGGAAAACUUUAUUCGCCCAAGCAAUACUGUUUGGAUAACUCGAUCAACUAUUGCGAACGAGGCGUGGUCGCUACUCUUCGUGCAAUCGUGGAAGACGAGGAACUCAACCGCCAGGGAGCUGGGGCCAUUUUUGGCACCAAUAAAGAGGACUCGGAAACCUCGAUAUACAUCAAGAGAGUUGGGUAUCCGAUUAGCAUUAUUUGCCUUUUGAUCACGUUGGUGAUAUUUGUCGUGGUACCAGAAUUGAGGAAGGAUCUCUAUGGAAAAAUGGUGAUCAGCAUUGUGACCAGUCAAACGAUCGUGUUCAUUUGUCUGUUAGUUGGAACAUUUCCGUCGGUUUCGGUGUCUCGGAUCAAUGGUCCAUGCAUUACUCAGGCUAUCCUGACGUACUUUUUCAUUCUUUGCGGAUUCAUGUGGAUCGGGGCAGAGGCGGAUUACCAACGGUUCCUCACAUAUUCAGCCUUUUGCUUCGGUGCUCCAUUGCUCAUGGCUACAUUGGUUCUUGCUUUGGAUCGAAAUAUCUUCAAUUUGGAUUCGGACGCAAGCAAUUGGAGACCGGGCUUUGGAGAAGAGUCUUGCUGGUUCACGAGUUGUUCUAAUGCCUUAACGUAUUUCCUCUAUAUACCAAUCACGGGGAUGCUACUGACAAACGUAAGCUUUUUCACAUAUGCGGCCGUCAAACUGGGGGGCAUGCAACGGCGCAUUCGCGAGGCCAGACCCGAAUCCAAACGCGGAUCAGAUCAUGAAAAUCCUAAUCGACGAAAGUUUGUCAGACAGGUCUCUAUCCUUUCCAACAAAUCGGCGGGAUCCAAAAAUAAGGUCACUCUCAAGGCCAAUCGUGAUAGUCUCAUCACCUACUUGAAGCUCUUUGUGGCCAUGGGUCUGACUUGGGUUUUUGAGAUCCUGGCUUGGGUGUUAUCGGAGAAAAGCGUCCAAGCCCCUCAACCAAUCAUCAUUUGUUUGAAUAUGGUCAACAUUUGCCAAGGGAUUGUCAUGUUUGUCGUGUUUGCUUUAAAGGACACCACAAGGCAAAAGAUUUUGGAUGCAUUCUCAUCUCGAGGUCACCAAUCAACGGGCUUUCGAUCCGGAGCCAGAAGUUAUCAAGUGAAUCGGGUGUCAAGAAAUAAUCGCUCUUCAUCCUCAAUAACUCGUCAGACAUCCUGCUCGUUUGACAAAUCGUCGGAUGAUGAGAUGGGCCUCCCUUUGCAAGUCAUUUCCAAUCCCAAUCCUGGUGGAAGCUCGUUUCAAGACCAAGAUUUGACCAUGGUUGAUAUGAAUGAUUGAAUUGAUUCGUAUGAUAAUGGGUUGGGCGUGACAGGUUUAGACACAGAUCUAAUGCCGAAGAAAUCAGUCAGUUUAAUUUUGAUAAAUAUAAAAAGGGGCAAAUUGGAGG